AUUCUCCUCGAUCAGGCGAAGCUUCAUCUCUUAAUUCUGAAAAAUUAAAAUUAAAAAUUAUGAGGAAACUCGAAAUGCGAUGGGGGGUCGAGAUUGUAUUUGGUGUUCCUCGGGGGUCGACUUUUAAUUUUUAUUUAUUGAAAUAAAGGGAUGGAACAUGUCUUGAUCGAGGAGAAAUCAGUUCUCCCUCGAAUGACGUCGAUUUUAUUCCUCGGUAUUUAUUAGGGACGGAGAGACAAUUUUUUAAUGAACAAGUGAAUUUUUGGAUGUCGUAUCCCGGACGUCAGAAUCGAUCAUAGCGCAUACCACCACUGGGGUCAUCACUAACGGUGUCGAUGGGUCGCCUAGCCCUCCAGGAUCUGCACAUCUACGUUAGUCUAUCAUCUUUGAGGUGAAUGUUGUCAGGGAAUAGCAACUCAAUGUUUAACCUAAAAUGUCGUAUGAAGGCACUCUACUAAAUACGUGAUUCUGUAGUUGUGUCAAGUGACAAGUCCAACGUCAGCACUGUAAUUCCUUCGAAUUUUUUGAAUAGCAAUAAUAAAAGAAUCAUUUUUUCUGGGAUUGAGAUUGCAGUGGAUGAGUUAACAACAUGAUGAGUCUCAGAGAUAGACAAAUACAUGCUUUGAGGCAAAUGCUGAAUUUAAAUCAGCAGGAGACAAAGUCUAAUACAACAGUUCCAACCUGGAAACUUCUAAUUUACGAUCGAAUGGGACAAGACAUUAUUUCUCCUUUGAUAUCCAUAAAGGAGUUGAGGGAACUGGGAGUGACUUUACACAUGCAGCUACAUUCAGACAGAGAUCCAAUUCCGGAAGUUCCAGCAAUUUAUUUCUGUGCCCCAACUGAUGAAAAUCUUGGUAGAAUCGGUCAAGAUCUCCAGGCUGGCCUCUACGAUCUUUAUUACCUCAACUUUAUAUCGCCAAUAUCUAGAGGAAGACUGGAGGAUUUAGCCAGUGCAGCAUUGAUGGCCGGAGCUGUGGCUAACAUUCCCAAAGUCGUUGAUCAAUAUCUGAAUUUUAUUACCCUAGAAGACGAUCUCUUUGUCUUGAGGCAUCAGAACAGCGACAUGAUAUCAUAUCACGCUAUAAACCGAGGAGAAAUCAAGGACACGGAAAUGGAGUCAAUGAUGGACACCAUCGUGGAAAGUUUGUUCUCUGUUUUCGUGACAUUGGGAACAAUUCCAAUAAUUCGAUGUCCCCGAGGCAAUGCUGCGGGUAUGGUGGCUAAAAAAUUGGAUAAAAAGCUGAGAGAAAAUGUGUGGGACGCUAGGAACAAUUUGUUCCAGGGUGAGGCAUCAGGUACAGGACAUUUAACCUUCCAGCGGCCUUUACUCAUUAUUUUGGACAGAAGUAUUGACAUGGCAACGCCACUGCAUCAUACCUGGACAUAUCAAGCUCUUGCUCAUGAUGUUCUGGAGUUGGCCUUGAAUAGAUUGGUUGUGGAGGAGACGGUGGGCAAAUCACCGGCUGGUGGGGCUAGAGCUAAGACUAGAGCAUGCGAGCUCAAUAAUAAUGAUCGAUUUUGGCUGCAGCACAAGGGCAGCCCUUUUCCUAGAGUUGCUGAAGCCAUUCAGGAGGAAUUGGAACAAUACAGGGCUUGUGAACAUGAAGUAAAGAAACUCAAGUCUUCGAUGGGAACGGAUGAUGAAUCUUCAGCUUAUCCCAUGCUGCAAAAUAACACAGCUCUCCUCACAAAUGCAGUCAACUCCUUGCCUCAAUUACUGGAAAUGAAACGAUUAAUUGACAUGCACACCACGAUUGCCACUGGAAUUUUAAACGCCAUAAAAUCAAGGAGGCUCGACACUUUCUUCGAAAUUGAGGAGAAGAUAAUGUCUAGGCAGACGUUAGACAGAAGCAUUCUGGACAUUAUCAAUGAUGCCGACUGUGGAACACCUGAUGACAAAAUCCGAUUGUUCAUUAUUUAUUACUUAUGCAAUAACAUGUCAGAUAGUGACUACAAUAAACAUGAGGCGGCAUUGUCCAAUGCUGGAUGUGAUCUGAAUCCUUUGGUACACAUUAAACGAUGGAGAAAUUACACGAGGAUGUCAGGAAUCCAAAAUAAUUACGAAGGUGGUGGAACAAAAACUGUCAGUAUGUUUUCAAAAUUGAUGAACCAAGGUUCUUCGUUUGUUAUGGAGGGAGUGAAAAAUCUCGUUGUUAAACGACACAAUCUACCAGUUACGAAAAUCGUGGAUGAAUUAAUCGAAUCACGACAAAGUUCCCAUACAGAAGAUUAUUACUAUCUUGAUCCUAAGCAGCUCAAGCAAGUGGAACAAGUUCCCCAAAAACGGACAACAUUCCAAGACGUAAUAGUAUUUGUCGUCGGUGGUGGAAAUUACAUUGAGUACCAAAAUCUUGUUGAUUAUGUCAAGCAAAAAACUGGAGGUGGGAGUAAUAAACGUGUCGUUUAUGGUUCAACGACUUUGGUGAAUGCUAGACAAUUUCUCAAGCAGCUAUCGUACCUGGGCCAGGAACCACACUGAUAACUGCCGUAACACGAAGGAAAUGUUAUGGUAGUGGACCAAGUGGCAAAAUGGAUACUUCAUAUAUUCGGUUCAACAAACUUUACAAAACCCUUUUUCAAAAGCUAAAUAAAGGAAAAAAUUUUUGUUUUCUUUGAAAAAUACAUUUCCUCGCUCUGUUAUGAUCGCAAGUGAUCGAUUUCUCUACGAAUUUUGCGUCUAAAAAAAUAUCCAGUGUCUACUUAGUCCUAAACCUUCGUUUAUGUUAACAGGGAAGUUAUCAAAUGUUUACUGAACCAUGCGAUUCGCUAGAUUGGUGCUUAUGACAAAUUUUAUUGUAAAGCAAAAUUAGAUUUGUCGUAUUCCACUUAAUCCAACAGGUGAAGCCGAGUUCAAAAUGUUCGGCAUUUUUUUUUGAUUCUUUGUAUUAAUUUUGUUGAAAGAAUGAUAUUUCUUUGAUAGAUAGAAAAAUGAGACAUUGCUCGUGAUUUUAUUGAAAAUAAAUCUUGAUAUAAUUAUCAUGUCUGAAGAAUUUUCACUUAGUCUAAGCCUGCUUUUCCUUAAAGUUGGACUGGAUUUAAUAACUCUCAGGCUAGAAAUAAUAAUGUGUAUAAAUUUACUGAAGUUAUUUAAUAACUUCUGUUUCACCUGGUGGGUUCAACAAUGUGUAUCAUUGCAAAAUUGGCGCCUAUUGUCUUUUUAAAUUAAAUUUUAUGAAAACUU